AUCAGCCAGUCAGUCAGUCAUCAAUCGAUUGUGUGCGCUCCAUGUUGUCCGUUCUUGGCCGUCGUCCGACAUUCGUUUCGCCAUUUCAGCACAUCAUCAGAAGCAGCAGCAUAAAGGGAGACCACUUGCCAUCCCCAGCUAGUAGAAUAGUGCUGCAACCUUGGAAAAACAAAAUAUUGAAACGCCAUCGUGUGAACAAGUUCCGCGGAUAACCGUAUACAGUGUUGUUCCGGGAUUCUCGUGUGACGGACAAUCUCAAGUGUGUGGAUAAUAUUCUGUGCUGUUCUUUGCUUCGAGAACCACAAGAUGUGUGAACGGCCACUGGGCUUAGCUGCAGAAGGCACAUUAACUGCUUACGAAAUUGGCCACGAAAAGACUGCGUUUACGUCACGCUUUUACGCCCUUAUCAGUCGUUAAGCUGGCGGCCAUUUGAGAGUGAUGAAGAAGUGAAAAGGUGCAAUACCACCAGCCACAGGAGGCCGAAUACCAUUUGCUGACUCUUCCGGAAGGACCGCGCGUCACUUAACGUCGGGACAUUCCGAAGUGUUUGUUGUGUUUGGUGUUUCUGUACUGCUCGAGCUUUCUCGAACUGGUUCCCUUCUGUGCUGUGCAUUUUUUGCGGGCAGCUUUUCCUUCUGCUGUAAAUAAGAAAAAAAUAUUCCAAGUCUUGGAAAAUGUAUAUACCUAUAUCUUGCAACACCGAGAACGAGUUCGAAAUUUCCUUCCUCUAAGAUAAUUGCACUCACGUGCAGCAGCAGCUUGGGAAAAGUUAAUAGCAUUCGCAAGUUGCAGCCACAUUCUGCACCGCUUCGUUGAAAAUUUGCUAAUAAUAAUAGUAAUGAUUGUAAACAACCACGAGUGAAAUUCCAUCCACUCGAUGAUCCGACGGCCACCCAUACACGCUCAAUAGCAAAAAAAAACAAGAAAUCACAAAUCCGCACCCCGCUCUGAUUAUUGUCACUGGGCCCAAGUUCAGCAGAGGCAACCGAACCACACUACAUCUCACAUCGCAAGGUUGCUCUCGCUUGCUUACGAAUUCGCCUGGAGCAGCGCGAUAAGAGAAGGAAGCACCCGAGAUCCUGACCCAAGAGAUGGCAUCGGCAUUGAAGGCAGGCCACAAGGCGGCAGCCGCGGUAGUGACGGCCUCGUCCGGGGCCACUAGUCCCGGUGGCGGUACCGGCACCGGCGCCAAGUUUAACUGGAUGGCCCACGUCAAGUACGAGCAUCUGAUGGCCGGUGUGUCCGGUGGAGUUACGUCCACGAUUCUGUUGCACCCGUUGGAUUUGAUUAAGAUUCGAUUCGCAGUUAACGACGGCCGCACGACAACCGUUCCGCAGUACAGGGGCCUGACGGGCGCAUUCUUGACCAUCUUCAAGCAGGAAGGGCUCCGUGGUCUGUACAAAGGUGUCACCCCCAACAUUUGGGGCUCCGGAAGCGCCUGGGGCUUCUAUUUCCUGUUUUACAACACCAUCAAAACGUGGAUCCAGGAUGGCAAUGCAGCUCAACCUCUGGGACCGGCUCUACACAUGCUGGCGGCAGCCGAGGCCGGCAUCCUGACGCUGGUGAUGACCAAUCCCAUCUGGGUGGUUAAAACGAGGCUCUGCUUGCAGCUGGAUGCUCCCGGCCAGAAGGGAAGCUACGCAGGAAUGAUGGACGGGCUGAAGAAGAUUUACCGCGCUGAAGGAAUUCGGGGAUUGUACAGUGGUUUCGUACCUGGAAUGUUUGGGGUGUCGCAUGGAGCGCUCCAGUUUAUGACGUACGAAGAGAUGAAAAACCGAUACAAUCAACAUCGGAUGCGACCCAUCGAUGCAAAACUGACCACCGCCGAGUAUUUGACGUUCGCCGCCGUCUCGAAGCUGAUCGCCGCGGCCGCCACCUACCCGUAUCAGGUGAUACGGGCCAGGAUGCAGGACCACAACCGGACCUAUGCCGGGACCUGGGAUUGCAUCGGCCAGACCUGGAGAUACGAAUCUUGGCGUGGCUUCUAUAAGGGUCUAGGUCCAAACUUAUUGCGGGUGACUCCGGCGACCAUGAUUACGUUCGUUACGUAUGAAAAUGUGUCGCGCUAUCUGAUGGACUUACGCAAACCCCCCGCCCAUUGAGGCUGGGGCAAACCAAAAAAAAAUGGAAUAGCGUGUGUGAAGGUUUGAACGUUUGGUUUGAACUUUUUCAAGCUAGACCUAUUUUAGCAAACUAUUUGCGCACACACAUCCGCGGAAUCCGAAGGAUUCUGCUUCUACCAGUUAAUUGUUUUCCUUUAGAAACCAAACUUAGGUUUAGUACGAUUUGAUAAGCUUGGCUUAAGAACUAAGUCAUCAUCACACGGAGGUUUUCUUAUCAAAUAGUCCUCCGCAUGAGAUAGUUGUUAGCUUUAAUAAGAAGAAUUACGCUUUUGAUAAGACAAAUUCAGCAGGAACGCUCAGAGCAACCUAGUGCCAUGCUGUAUGUUCCUGGUGGUUUAGAAAUUGAUAGAAUAGAAUAGGUUGUUGAUAAUCGAA